CACAAGAAACACAAGAAACGAUUAAAAAGGCAUUUGAUUUGAGUGAUAUUAAACUAGCUGUUAGUACUUCGGAAGCUGUCAGAAAACUAACCGAAAGUUUAACAUACCCUAAUUCACUUUCCACGCCUAUUCAAUUAAAUCAAGGAGAUGAUAUAAAAAUGAUAUUUACUAUAAGAGAUGAAAAGACACAAAAAGGAAUCCAACCUCACCAAGCCUUUUUAAUUUUAUCUUCUGAAAAUAACAAUAAGAUUCAAUUGCCUUUUAUUGUACAAGUUCGUGAAUCAGGGAAAGCUAGUGUUAAAUUGUCAAUACCAGAAGAAUUGUUUUCGUCACCAAGAAAAUAUCAUCUUGAUCUUAUAAUUGGAACUUUUUUUCACAACAAACCAAUUAAAUAUCAUAUUGGAACUGUCAAUCUUGAUUUAACAACUUCAUCAUCAGAGUAA